CCGGGGCCGCGGCGGGGAGCGGGAGGAGGCGCCAAGGAGCCGGGCGAUGGUGGGGAUCCCGGGCGGCUGCCAGUUUGCUGGUGAGAAGAGGGUGCCAGUGAUGCCCGGAUCGCCUGUGGAAGUGAAGAUACAGUCCAGGUCCUCUCCUUCCAACAUGCCACCACUGCCUCCCGUCAACCCCGGUGGCCCCCGGCCAGUGUCCUUCACCCCAACUGCACUGCCCAACGGAAUAAACCAUUCCCCCCCGACUCUGAACGGGGCACCCUCCCCACCCCAGCGGUUCAGCAACGGCCCUUCCUCCUCCUCCUCCUCCUCGCUGACCAACCAGCAGCUCCCAGCCACCUGUGGGGCCCGGCAGCUCAGCAAGCUGAAGCGCUUCCUCACCACCCUGCAGCAGUUUGGCAAUGACAUCUCACCAGAGAUCGGGGAGAAGGUCCGGACCCUGGUCCUGGCAUUAGUGAACUCAACAGUGACAAUCGAGGAAUUUCACUGCAAGCUGCAAGAGGCGACAAACUUCCCCCUCCGGCCGUUUGUCAUCCCCUUUCUGAAGGCCAACCUGCCACUGCUGCAGAGGGAGCUGCUGCACUGCGCUCGGGCUGCCAAGCAGACACCCUCCCAGUACCUGGCCCAGCAUGAGCACAUCCUGCUCAACACCAACACCACAUCCCCUGCUGACUCCUCUGAGCUGCUGAUCGAGGUCAAUGGCAAUGGGAAGAGGCACAGUCCAGACAGAAGGGACGACAGCAGCUUUGAGAGGGAGCCACUGCCAACAGAGCCCCCGGCUAAGCGUGUGUGCACCAUCAGCCCCGCGCCCCGGCACAGCCCUGCCCUCACCAUCCCCCUGAUCAACCCUGGGGGGCAGUUCCACCCCACCCCGCCACCCCUCCAGCACUACACCCUGGAAGAUAUCGCCACCUCCCACCUCUACAGGGACCCCAGCAAGAUGUUGGAUCACAGAGAGAUUCGGGACAGACACGGCGGUCUUGGUUUGAAUGGAGGAUACCAGGACGAGCUGGUGGACCACCGCUUGACAGAGAGGGAGUGGGCUGACGAGUGGAAGCAUCUCGAUCACGCACUCAACUGCAUCAUGGAGAUGGUGGAGAAGACCCGGCGCUCCAUGGCCGUGCUGCGGCGCUGCCAGGAGGCGGAUCGGGAGGAGCUGAACUUCUGGAAGCGGCGGUGCAGUGAGGCGGCGGAGCCGAGGAAGGCGGGCGGGGGUGCGGAGCUCCUGUCCCGGCAGCACAGCCCCAGCAGCUCCGACUCCAUCGGCAGCGCAGAUUCCUUGCGGGAGUUCAGCGGCAGGUCGGGAACGGGCUACGUCACCGAGGAGAUCUGGAAAAAAGCUGAAGAAGCUGUGAAUGAGGUGAAGCGCCAGGCCAUGUCGGAGGUGCAAAAAGCAGUGGCAGAGGCUGAGCAAAAGGCAUUCGAGAUGAUUGCCUCUGAGAGGGCUCGGAUGGAGCAGACCAUUGCUGAUGCCAAGCGCCAGGCCACUGAGGAUGCUUUUCUGGUCAUCAAUGAACAGGAGGAGUCUACAGAGAGUUGCUGGAACUGCGGUCGCAAAGCCAGCGAGACGUGCAGCGGCUGCAACAUCGCCCGCUACUGCGGCUCCUUCUGCCAGCACAAGGACUGGGAGAGGCACCACCGGAUCUGUGGCCAAAGCCUGCACGGCCAGAGCAAGCCCCUGGCUCUGCCUACAGGCCGCUCAGCAGCCACCAAGAGCCUGGAUGGAGUGUCCAGCCCAGCUCUGGAGAAGACCUCAGCGACAACCUCCCGGUCCUCCACCCCGGCAUCUGUGACAGCAAUAGACACAAAUGGACUCUAAAGGGAGAAGGUUUGGUUUGGUCUAUUUGAUUAGUUUCCCUGGUUUGUUGGUUUUCUUUUUAAGCUGAAAAAAAAAGCCCUGCAGCAACUUGUACAACUUGGCACGUUCGACGUACCACACCACCUCCUCCAAGUGCUGACACUCGGGCUUUGCCAUCUCAUUCUGCCUCUUUUUUCGUGGCUCAUGAAGAACUGGGGACAGCCUUGCUCACAGUGCUGCUGUGCAGGAGAUACCAGAGCAUCCUGAGGGACAUGGAGGAGGCUGUGUGCUCACUCGUGGGGACCUGGACUCAGUGGGGAGUGCUGCUGGAGUGUGUAGGAGAUGCUGAGCCCCAUCCUCAUGGGUCAAACGUUCCCAAGCUCCUUUUCUGAGGUGUCUGAGCCACCUCCUCUUUCAGCUACCUUUCUUCCACAGUUGGCAUCUGGUUUUCCCUUGCUCCCAAUAGUUGUGGCUCAGGUGGCUGUGCUGGAUGGUCGCUGCUGUGAACUGACCAGAGCCAAUUUCUCAGCAGCAGCAUCUCAUUCUCAAGUACAACAGGAAAAGCUGAGCCGCCUUCUCUUCUCUUUUCGUCUCCUGCCUGCAGGCUGGCAGCUGGUGAUUGCAGAGAGGGAGGAGAGGAUUCGUCUGCCCUCAACCAAAUGUCAGUAUCAGAGAAGUACAGCCAGUCACUUCUGGAUGGCCUGGUUUUACCCUGGCCUGGGACAGGACAGACAGUUGCAUGUCACCCUGGGUGGCAUCUUUGAAGGGGAAAACUCAGAGCAAAUCUGUAAGCACUGGGGGCAGUAAUUGCCCUUUCCACCUCAGUACUGUUAGUUUGCUAUGCAGAGAGUGUUGUGGGUUUUUUUUUUUUCACUGCAUGGAAGCAGUGGGUUUCAGAGUUACUGCUGUUGUUUUUGACCCCAGGUCCUCACGCAAUUGCAAUGGGUUCUUUAUAGAACAGAGGUUCUUAUCUGUUCUCUCCAUGCAUGUUGCCCAAACUAUUAAAAUAAAAGCUGGACUUGGCUCUGACUCCCCCCGGUCUUACAGGGCUCCUGCAGUGCUGCUCUGACACCUGCUGCCUUCCUCUUCCUGGAGACACCCAGGGAUGCUCAGCCACCCCCCUUAUCCAGCCCAAAAAUGAGAGUGAGACCCUGUGGGGAUGCUGUGGUGUGGCAGGAGGGGUUCAGGGCAGUGCAACCCCACCACUGACACCACUCCCCAGAAGAGCUGUUCUGGGGCUCAUCUCAAGUGGUUCAUGGAGGUACCCAGUGGCACAGCCCAGGUGAGAGGUGGGCAGGUGACCUCUGGAGAGCUGCAGCCAUUCCCACCCAGCACACAAAUGGGAAACCAUUUAUUCAGCAAAGCUUUGUGGUCUGUGACUGUUUCUGCACCACUUCUGGAACCAAGUGAGGCAACUAAUUCCAAAUUAUUUUUGAUCCAUUUUUCAAUUGGAGGUGGGUAAUAGAGAUGGAAUGGAUCAUGACAGUUUGCAGCAGGGGGGCUGCCCUCUGCUGCUUUUCCUUAGGGAAAGCUGUCUUGGGAACUGCUGUCAUGGGACAGAGCAGGGUCACUCCUGUGUCUGCAAGGGUUUGUUUUGCCAAAAAAUAAAAAAAGGCUGCGAAAGCCUCAGGAGGUGGCACUGGGGCUCCUGGAUGAGGCAGCACCUGGAACAUGGCUCCUGGGAAUGGGGCUGGUGCAGCCCUGAGUCAGGAUGACACCUGAGUCCCCCCGACCCACAGCACAGAAGAGGCCACAGCAGCAGGGGAAAGUGUCACCCCACCUGGGGAAGGUGUCACCCAGCCUGGGGUUCUUUACCCCAGGAGACUUGGGGACAGCUCUAUGCUGCAGCAUCCCCUCAUGGAGAUGCUGGGAAGUGGAUCUGCUGCUGGGGCAAAGCUUAAAAACAUUCAAUGUGCCAGGGGCUGGAGGAAGGAGGAGGAAGAGGAGGAGGCUGUGGUGAACUGGAAGAGCUGAAGGGCUUCACACCUGCAAUGAGCUGCCUGGGGGCAACAUCCCAGACCUCACUGCAGUGCUGAGUGCCCACUGUGGGUCAGCAGUGGAUUGACUGCUGCCAGGUAGGAUAUAGAAAUAAGAGCAGGGCAAGGCUGGAAGAAAUGGCUUGUAAAUAGACUGUCUUCCAUCAUUCUCAUGCAACUUUGAUGGCUGUGUACUAAAAUUAACUCCAGUGUAAAUGAAUGAAAUACUAAGUCAUGAUUAGAAUGAUUGCUUUUUUUUGGUUGUUUUUUUAAAACAUGGAAUGAUAAAUGUGAAAUUCAGCCAUGGGAAAAGUUGUUGGGUUGAGGUUUCUAUUAUUUUUCUUUGAUGUUUAAUUCUGUAAUAGAAAUUUGUUACUUCAUUCCUGUGCAUAACUUAUUUAAUGUACUGUAUAAAGGAACCCAAACUGUUACAGAUGUAUUUAGUUUGUUCUACUCCAAAGUAGUCAAUAAAAGACUAUAUUCAUCACACAAC